AUGAAUGUACUUUUCGGUUCCGGUUGCCAGGACGCCGUCGUCUGCGGCCUUGGACUUCUGUGUGGUUUUGCUGUCCAUCGAGGAAUCUUCAUCCAUGGCGAAUGGCACGUACAGGCACCUCAAAUUCUGUUGGGUCACUUGUGGCUCUUUGCUUCUUUCGCAGGUCUCAGCAGAUACUACGGCGGCACUGCCAUCGGGGAGCUCUCUCGUUCUCUGCUGAUUCUGUCUGCCGGAUAUCUCCCUGGCCUCUUUGCCAGCAUCACCUUAUACCGAGUCUUUUUCCAUCAGCUCAGCACCGCCGGCUUCAAGGGUCCGUGGUAUGCCCGCGUCACGAAGCUCUGGCAUAUCUGGGCCUGCAGAAACUGCAAGAACCACUUGGUCUUGGAGAGUUUGCAUGAGCAAUAUGGGGAUUUCGUGAGGACAGGACCCAGUGAGAUCACCGUCUUCCACCCGGGAGUCUUUAUGGCUGUGGAUGGCCCCCGAUCCGAAUGCAUCAAGGCCGAGUGGUACGACAUUCUGCACCCCGACAGAGCGCUCGUCACGACACGCGUCAAGCCUAUCCACGCUGCCAGGCGCCGUGAGUGGAACUAUGGUUUCUCGGCACAAGCCCUCGUCCAGCACGAGACGAAGAUUCUCAAGUGGAUUCAGGAGCUCGACAAGUGCAUCGAGGCGAAUGCCAAAGCCCAAGUCCCUUCCGAAGUUCGCGACUUGUUCUUCUGGUUCGGUUUCGACGUCAUGGGCGACUUUGUCUUUAGCAAGUCGUUUGACAUGCUGCACCAGCAGCAGUGGCAUCACAUCAUUGUGCGGCUGCAACGCGCCCUGUCUCUCCUGGGCCCGUUCAGCCCGGCCCCAUGGUUGAUCCAGGUCGGCUUCAAGCUCGGUCCGCGGGUCGGCGUCCUUAAGGACUGGUUUGACAUGGUUGCCUGGUGCGAGCGACAGAUGCGUGUUAGACUUGACGCUGCGACCCCGAAGCCGGGCGCGCCGGAUCUCGCCCAUUACCUGAUGGAGCUCAACCAUGGUCAGACCGAGCAGCCUGAUCGCCUGACGUGGCUCUUCGGCGACAGCCUGCUUGCUAUUGUGGCUGGAAGCGAACCGACAGCUGCCGCUCUCAUCGGCGUCUUUUGCGAGAUAGCCAAGCACCCGGAGCAUGCCGACAAAAUCUACGCGGAACUGGAAGACGUCGACGUGACCAACCUGAAGGUCCUCACCAGCCUCCCCCAUCUCAACGCUGUCAUCAACGAGGGUCUCCGUCUGUACCCCGCCCUCCUCACAGGCGGGGCCAGGAAGACGACGGAGAACGGGGCGACGAUCGGUGGGACUUUUAUACCGCCCAAUACGACUAUCAUCGCCCCGCGCCACGUGAUAUCUCGAAGAGAGGACUGUUUUGAGAAGGCCAAUGACUUCAUCCCCGAGAGAUGGACCACGAAGCCGGAAAUGAUCCACAAUGCAGCAGCUUUUGCGCCGUUCGGCACAGGUCAUCACAGCUGCCUGGGACGCUUCCUUGCCACGGACACCAUGAGGUUCGUUGUCGCGAGGCUGGUCAAGAAGUACCACAUCCGCCUGGCACCAGGAGAGACUGGAAACCGCGUGUUUGACGAAAUCAAGGACCAAUUUACAUCGAACCCGGGACCCUUGUCGUUGUGUUUCGAAUUGAGAUGA